AGGGUUACAUAAAUUUUGCAAACGAGGAAAUGCCCGGUAAAGCGAAGGGUAAAAAAGGUGGUAGACCUGUGAAGCCUCCUAAGCGGCCUGUGCCCCCCCCCUUCCUCGGACGAGGAUCAGGAGAUGGUGCUCAUUAGAGGCCUGGUAUAGAGGAUGGAAGCCCUUGAAAAGGCCAGGGCCAUCCCUCCUCCCGACAAGGAGGCUGGGCCCUCGGGUGUCCCACAGCCGGCCUCUAAGCGCACGCGGGUUGCUGUUCAGACACAAUUAUUGAGAUCCAUUUCUGAUAGGUUGGCUGCGUUAGAACAAGGUCUUGUUCCUGCUGGUCCAUCUGCUCCCGGGGCUCCUGCUGCCCCGGCACCUUUGCCUGGAGUUCCAGACCCGGAUGUCCCUGCGCCAGUUCCGGAUGUGCCGGAGCCAGCGGCUCCCAUCGAUCCCACACCGGCAGUGCCAGCUGGGCCCAGCCCUGAGGACCCAUCAGUCCCUGUGAUUCUGGACUACUUCUUCACAGUUCUUUUGGAGACUGAAAUGCUGAAAACACUUUGCAAAGACCAUUCAGAAAAGCCAACAUUAUAUUUUAGUACUGGCAACCCUGACUGGCAUUGGCAACAAGCAAAGGAUUCUCACCCUCAUCAGGCUGCAAAAGUGUGUAAGGUAGCAGCGCAGAAGGGCAUUUGCAGGGCAGAAGGAGCAGGUUUUUCCAACCAGAAAGCUGUAAAAGAAGCAGUUAUCUUCUGCAGAAUUGCUUCCUAUACAGUUACUUACAGAGGAUAAGUAAUUUCUCUGCAAUAUUGGGUUACGGGCCCAGUUGUGAAGCAAUAGGUUGUGAGAUAACAAAGAGUUUGUAGGCAAGAAGGCUGGACAAGAUGACUACUUUUGCAUCUGUGGGGAGGCAUCCCACUGUUGAACUGCUCGAUGAAACAAACUACAGAAGAUGGUUCUUCAGAGAGAAGAUGUUGCUGAAUACACUUGGACUAUCUUAUGUUCUCGAGGAACAAAGACCAACAGAGGAUGAAGAGGGGAGAAACAGGAAGAGAGAAGGCAUGCCCUCACUUCUUAACUGUGGGUUUCUAAAGGCACCUGGUGGGCCACUGUGUGAAACAGGAUGCUGGACUGGAUGGACCUUGGGCCUGAACUAGCAGGGCUGUUCUUAUAUUCUUAAGAGAAACAGUGAGACUGGGAUUCUGCAAAAAAGCAAGCCAUGGGACACAUAUCUUUGACUAAGUGAUCUAUCUGUCACUUAAUCUAUCACACAGAAGACAAAAAUACAGCAAGAGAGAUAUGGGAAAGAUUGAAGGAGGUCUUUUAACAAAGAACCAAAUACUCAAGUUUCUCUUAUGCUGGAGUUGUGUAACAAAAUAUUCAGAGAGGGAGGGAAUUUGCAGGAGCACAUGUGCUUGUUUCGGGGAAUACUAAAAGAGUUGGAACUGCAGGAGAUAAAUAUACCUGAAUCCGCAAAUAUUGGACUUUUCUUAAUACCUUGCCUAAAGAAUAUAAGAAUAUUGUCAAUUUGCUUCAAAUUAAAGAAAAUGUAACUGUCAUUUUUGUUCAGGACCCUUUCAAGAGUUUAAUUUGGAAAAGCCAAUAGAAAGGGAGGAAUCAGUUAAAAAUCAAGCCUACAAAGUUGCUGAUGGUAGAUAAUGUUUUAUAUGUGGCAGCACCGUGCAUUUGAGGAAUGCUUGUCCUAGUAAAGAGCAAGGGAAUUAUUCUCAACAGAGAAAAGGGAAUAAGACUAAAUUCCAGAAAAAAUGGAUUUUCUAACAAACAAACUUGCCUAUGCAAAAGUGAAAGCAAUGGAAACAAUGCUGAGAAAGAUGAAAAGUUGUGCGCUGCAAAAGAAAUCAUCUUCAGGGUUGAUGCAAGUCAAAGUAGAAACAAAAUAUAUUUGGAUAGUGGGGCUACUUCACAUUUCUUCAAUGAUUUGCAAGAUUUUGCUGAGAUAAGCAGGGGAUAUAAAAGUCCUAUAUACCUUGUUAAUGGGCAGCAGAUUUAAGCAGAAGGAAAAGAGACAAUUUAUCAGAAGUGUAAUUUUGGUGAAAAUAGAGUGAAUGAAGUGUGUAUUCCAGGGGAACUACUGUACUAUGUUCCAAGUUUGCAAAACAGUUUAAUGAGUGUAAAAACAGCUACAAGGCGUGGAUGUAGAGUUCUUUUCAGAAGGGACCACUGCUUUAUUUUAAAAGGAGGAAUGCUUCUGAUGAAAGGCAUGUUGAAAGAUGGAAAAAUGUGGGACUCAGAAUUCAAGAAUGAAACAAUGAGAAGGGGAAUGUUGGGAUUUUGCCAUAGACAUUGUCUCCGUUCUUAGUAUGGGGCAUGCUUCUCUCUGUGAAUGUCUCUAUGUACUGGCUUGGGGCUGGAGUCACGAUUUGUUUGUCUGCUCCUCACUUGUUGCCUUGAAUUCAAACGGAGAUGUUCUCUCUCUCUCUGCAUAUGAGACUGUUUACCUGUUUAUUGUUUUCUUAUUUUAGUUUAUUAGUUUAUUUUUGUUCCUCAGUUAAAGUUAGCUUCCUGUUCAAUUAUUUAUAGAGGAUAAGUGAUUACUCUGCAACAUGAAGUUGUGCUAAGCACUUCAUGGGAAAAUGCCUGAGUUCUUGUCUGACUCUCCCACCCAGGCUCAGCCUAUAUAUUUGUAAAUAAAUAUAGCAUGAAAACACUAUUACUCUAUUCUUACAAAGGAAGGAGCCUGUAAA